AUGAGUAGCGCCAGAGGCGCGACUGCCGCAGUUGCAGUGAUUCCUGCACUCCUCCUCCUACUCCUUUCCCUAUCCGCCGUCUCUGCCAACCUAGUGGCCUACUACCCAUUCGACUCAAGCAAUGUCGGCAUUCCGGGCAGCUGCUUCACCAACGUGCCCACGGCGAGCUUGGGCGGGCUGGCAAAGCGAACGUUGAGCACGGGCAAGUUUGAAGAUGGGCUGACCCUGACCAACCACAACGACUACGCAGUGUUGGACGGGCUCAACCUCUUCCCCUCGGCCAAGUCUUCGGCCUUCUCCUUUGCUGCCUGGAUAUGGCCCAAUCGCACCACUUCGUCGUUUACCGCACGAACUAUCGUCCUCAAGGAAGGCCUGAUCAGCUUCCGUCUGCUGCGGUUCGGCGCGUCGGUCGUGACCGAGGCACUUUCGCCCCCCAACAUAUUCACCAAAACCAAGACCGGGUGGACCCAUGUUGCCUGCAUCUACAACACCAGCCACGUGUGCGUCGCUUACAACGGCUCCCUCAGCGCUUGCAGCCCUGCGGACGGGCAGCAGGUCUCGCCGGUGGCAGGCAGGGUCUAUCUCGGUUACACCGAAAGUUCUCUGCGAGGAGUGAUGGACGAGGUCAAAUUCUACGAUCACGCACUUACGAGCGAGCAGCUCUCUCUGCUCUACAAUGGCCAACGGGUCAACGAUGUCCCCCUGUCCGUGGCCAUUGAGAGCGAGAGUAUCGCCAACGAGACGCUGCAGGCGGACGCUCUGACCUCAGUGUCGUUCACCGGCUCCGCGACGGACACCCGGCUGGCCUAUUCGGGCGCCUCAGGGUCCCGUCUGAACUACUCGUGGAGCAUCCUGAGCAGUCAGUGCGGUAUGGCCACCAUCUCCAACAGCACGUCCGCCACACCCGUGCUCUCCCUACUCGACGUCGGCUCCUUUGUGCUACAACUAUGCGCGUCGGACGGCGAGCUGUCGAGCGGCGCUCAGCUCCAGGUGCUGGUGACGGCCAGCGAGCCCUACAUCAUCACCCAGCCGCAGGGCGGCACCCUCAAAGUGCCGCGUGGGUCGCUGGUCUCGCUGGACGUGGCGGGCAACGGCGUGCCGGCGCCCACCUACCAGUGGCACUACCUGACCUACGAGAACCGUACCAUUGAGAACACCACCAACCCGGGCGAGAACACGACCGUGUUGGAGCGCAGCUACUACGAUGACGACGGCGAGUUCCCGGGCGAAAUCGAAGAAGGCUACGAGCCGCUGCAGCAUUGGUUCAACAACCGUGCGACUUGGGAGAUCGUUGAGGCGUGGUACCCGAUCGAAGGUGCCAAUUCGUCGUCGUACCAGGUCAACGGGUCGCAGGCGGGCAUCAACAACCAGACCAUCAGCUGCCUGGUGAGCAGCACCGGCGGCGUGGCCUGGUCGGCCCGCUACACCGUCAACCUCGUGGCCGCGACUCCCUCGGCAUCUCCCGUCGCAAUCCCCACUUCCGGCGGAAGUUCGACCGACAUUGCAGCGAUUGUGGGAGGAGCUGUGGGAGGCGCGGCCGGGUUGUUCUGCCUGCUCCUCGUUGUGCUCGUGGUGCUGGCACUGGUGGUGGCCAAGCGCAAGGGCCACAGUCAACGGAAGCUGAGGCAGCCGGACUACAUCGCACUGGCCUACGGCGACCUCGACGGCGUCUCCUUCCCCAAGAAGAAAGCCGAGCAUUUGACGAGGCUCGAACAGCUGCUGCUGGCGGAGAACGGCAGGCUGGCACACGCCAUGCUGGCGGCCACGUCGGUCAACGACGCCGAGAAGCUGUGCAAGGCGUUGAUGGUCGUGUUCGAGGCGCACCACCUGGGCUUCGAGCUGCUCGAGGUCCGCAUCACGGAGGAGGUGGCGGCGGCGUCGGACGAGGGCACGCUCUUCCGGGCCAACAGCCUCGCGGCCAAGCUGUUCGCGUCCUACGUGCGCCUCGUCGCGCUGCCCUACCUCUUUUUCACGCUCGUCACCUCGGUCAACUCGCUCAACGACAACGCCAUAGAAUCCUUUGGCGAAGAGGCCAGCGCUGGGGCUGCGAGCAAGCGAAUGAGGUACAAGGUGGACAAGCUCGACGAUGAAGACGACAGCGACAGCGGCACGAGCCUUGACGUGUUCAGCGUCACGUCAUCGAUGGAGAUCGACCCGCACAAGAUGGGUGACGCCUCCGACUCGGCCAUCAACACGCUCGAGCUGUGGCUGGCGGCGCAGAAGCUGUUCAAGUGCAUCGUCAACAGCGAGCGGCUCAUGCCCACGCAGAUCAAGCACAUCCUCAUGCACAUCGACGCCGAGGUGGGCGAACGCUUCAGCGCGCAGGAGCAGUUCCGCGCGCUGGGCGGAUUCCUGUUCCUGCGCAUGGUGUGCCCCGCCCUCAUGGCGCCCCAAGUCUUUGGCCUUCUCGACAACCCGCCUCACCCCGUGGCGCAGCGACAAUUCAUCCUGGUGUCAAAGGUGCUCCAGAACUUGGCCAACGACACGCUGCCAGGCGCCAAAGAGGCCUACAUGGAGCAGCUCAACUCGUUCAUCAUCACCAACAAGGCCGGUCUGGAGCAGUUCUACCAGAAGCUGGUGUCGGGCGCCCAGCGAGGUAAGGCGGCCAUGACCCAGGUGCCGGUCAAGGCCAAGCAGCGAUCGCUGGCCGUCGUCCACCAGUGGCUCGAGGCCAACCUGGCGGCACUAGAGCAGACUCUGCUCAAUGAUGAGAAGAACGGCGACAGUCACCAGGACCAGGAGCUGGUCGAGCAGCUCAAGGAAGUGCUCGCCUCGCUGGGGGAUGACACCAGUGAUUCGCCCUUGGACUUCGAGGUGGCGAUCGGUGGUCUGGUGUCGGCCAUCAAGCGGCAGGACGACACACUCUUCCAGAAACUGUUGGAGAAGACGAGAGCCGAGGUCAUGGGCGUUCUUUCGGCUGCGAGCAUGGAGUCGUACCAGCGUGCCUACCCCUACAUCACCAAGCUGCACAUGCUACACGGUACCGCUACCAAUAACACUUGCAAUCGAGCCGAGCUCCUCCGCGACUGGCAACAUCUUACCGUGUGGUAUGCGCGAGCAGAGCUGGAGCAGAGUUUCGGCCUCAGCUCGACGGGUGAUGGCGUCAAAGACUUGCUGAGUUCGUGGGACACCCGCCUGCGCAGAACGCAGCCCUCUUUCAAGACGCGCGAACCGAUUCUUAACCUUCGACGGGCCAUCUUCGAUUUACACGGGAUGCCCGACAAGGCCAGCGAUUGCUGGUUGCAGAUCGCCAAAGUGGCAAGAACGGCCUCCCAGUACCAGACCGCAUCCGCCGCCGUGCUGCGAGCCAGCACCAAUCAACAAAGCCUCAAGUUCCACUUGGAGAGCGCCAAGCUGCGGUGGGCGCAGGGCGAGAACCACCAGGCCCUCGUCCAACUGCAGAAGGUGACUGCCACACACUCGGCCGAGCUCCCCAAGAAGGCCAACCUCAGGACACGCGGGGAAGUGGCUCCCGAGCCAGGGUACUCUCUCCGGCACCUGUGCGUUGAUCGUGUCGGAGUGGCGCCUCACAACACCAACCUUCAGUGA